AUGUCCUUCAAUCAAGCCAGUUACAAGAAGUCGAAUAAUGCGCAGGGAGGCCAAUCUAGGGUAAACGUACGGCCUCCGAAUAUCCCCUCGGAGCCCGCCGUGGGUGCUCCUCCGACUCAGCAUAAUCUGCAGAAUGGCGCCCAUGUACAGCCCCAGCCCCAGCCCCAGUCGCAGGGACAAUCUGAUGCUGGACAUACGAGCGCCACUGCCAAGCCUGCUGAAACACCUCCAGCCUCCAAUAGAAGCACCCGAGCUCUUCCAAAGGCUCCAACUUCUCAACCACCCGCCGUGAGUUCGUCUGAAAUGCCGCCUCCCUCAACACCCCAAAAGGCUCCUGGAGAUGCCUCUAAAGGAUUUUCUUUCCAGUUUGGCUCCUUAAGUCCCGGUCUCAUGAAUGGAAUGCAGAUUCCUGCCAGAACGAGCUCCGCUCCACCAAAUUUGGACGAGCAGAAACGUGAUCAGGUGCGCCAUGAUGCUAUAAAAACUGGUCCACCGGUGCCAGUUCCUCCUGCUCCCAAGCAUCCAUUACCAAAGCGAGAUAUGAGUGCUUCUGACCAUUCUAUUGCUGGGGACAGCCAUACUGUUUCGAAGGGCAAGAAGGAUCAAGUCCCGCCCAUUCCCCCAUCAGUACAAUCACAGAAACCUUCAGCCCACGCCAUAUCUGGAAUUCCCAUACAAAUGCCUUUUAACCAGCCACAAGUUCCUAUUCAGUUCAGUGGCCCCAAUACUUCGAUUCAGUCUCAAGGAAUGGCAUCUGCUUCCCUUCAAAUGCCAAUUCCAGUGCCUAUGCUACCUGUGGGAAGUGCUCCUCCAAUGCAGCAGCAGAUGUUUGUUGCGGGUCUGCAGCCCCACAUGAUGCAACCUCAGGGCAUCAUGCAUCAGGGUCAGGGCUUGAAUUUUGGGGCUCAAAUGAAUUCCCAAUUCUCCCCCCCGUUGGGAACCUUGGGAAUGAGUAUCGGUCCAUAUUCACAACAACAAGGAGCGAAAUUUGGUGGUGGUCUUCGCAAGACUCCUGUCAAAAUAACUCACCCAGAAACACAUCAAGAGGUGAGGCUUGAUAAACGAACUGAGGGGUUUUCUGAUGGAGUGCCAUCAAGCCGGUCUCAUCCAAACGUAUCUCCUCAAGCGCAACAUAUAUCUUCAUACCCACCAAACCAUCCAGUCAAUUAUUAUACGAACAGUUUCGGGGGCCCUGUAUACUACGCUGGCCCCAGUACUCAUCCUCUAUCUGGUACUCAGAUGACCCCCACCUCUCAGGCAUCAAGAUUUAUCAACCAAGGGGCUCAAAGGAUGACAUUAACGAAUUCCCAAGAUAAUUCGCAGCUUCCUGAGAGGACUGGCAUCUCUAUCCGAGCAGCUGUGGAGCCACCCAAGCAGGAUCAAAUGCAAAAUUCCCUUGCUCCUCCUUCAGCUCUUGCACAGGGGACAUCUAAGCCCAAAAUUGGUUCUGAUGGUGAAAAUAUUACUGGUUUAUCUUCUGCAAAUCUCUUACCUGCUUUUGAUAAGGUUGAAUCACCUAAAGCUGUCAACGUUUCUGCGAAUUCAGCAUCUAGAAAUUCUGAGGUUCCAAGAGGCCCAUUGUCAAAAGAAGCUGGAAGUCAAUUAGGAGCAUUGCCAGGGCUAACAAACAAUAUCAUUCCUGAACAGGUCGAUGAAGAAGGAAACUCAGUCUCAGCUGUAGCUUUACGGGAAUCCUCUCAUAGUGGGGUGCUUGAGAAUUUGGAAGCUAAGACAACUGACACCUGCCCAUCAGGAAUUUGUGAAGAUGUUCCAGAGUCUGUAAGUGAAUUGCUUUCGACGACUGAUGCUCUCUCUCCUGAUAUUUUGGAACUUAAGUGCAAUGGUGUUGGGGAAGGCAUUGUCUCUGUGUCAUCUGAAAUUUCUGCUGGUGUACCGGUUCUUGAUAAUUCACAGAGUUCUCAACAAUCAAUUCAAGAUGACUCCGCCGAGAAAAAUGAAAUUUUGGAUAAUACGGAUGCUGACAGGGGUGAACUAGAAAGAUUCUGCCCCAUUGGUGAAGCUUCUGGGAAGGAGGUUCCAACUAGCACAACUGAAAGGACCGGCCUGGACGAAGAGAGAUAUGAUCGAGGUAUUGAUAAGGCGAAUUUGGAGAUGCCUACAUCCUCAUCUGUGGAUUUUAAAACCGGAGAAGCUACCCCUUGUGAUGCUGUUCCUUUAGCUAGUGUUCAUGGUGACAAUUCUUAUGCAGAUGCCUCUUUAAAUGGGAGGGAUGAGGUGAUCGACUCUUCUUCUGUUUCAAUGUCUGAGUCUUUGAAAGCAGGUGCUGAGGAUGAUGGUGAUGUUACGGAAAGUCUUGAAGACAGCUUGAAAUCAGUUCAGACAGCAGUUCCCAAAGAUAAGCCUGCUCCAGAAAUAAGUAGGGCUUCAAGUAAUUUAGCUAGAGGAAAAAAGAAGAGGAAAGAAUUUCUCCUGAAAGCUGAUGCUGCUGGGCCAACUCUCGAUUUGUAUAUGGCUUACAAAGGUUCAGAGGAAAGGAAAGAAGCAUUUAAGUCCUCCAAAGGCACAGAGAUUCCUUCUGAGGACAUUCAUGACAACCAAGCAGCAGCUGAGACAUCUCCAAAAGAAGCUGUGGUUAGCGAUGAUGUUGAGCAAAUUAAAGCUGAGAUAGAUGACUGGGAAGAUGCUGCUGAUGUCUCUUCACCAGCAUUGGAACCUUCAACUAGCGGGCAACAGGUUGAUGUUUUUGUGCCUAGCAAGGAAAAUAGAAAUGGGUUUGUUGGAAGAAAAUAUUCUAGAGAUUUUCUUCUGAAAUUUGCAGAGAGAUGUACUAAUCUCCCUGAGAAUUUUGAAGUGACACAUGACAUAGCCGAGGCAUUCAAUCCUUCUGUUAAUGUUUCGCGUUUUGCUGACCGUGAUUCUCACCCCAGUCCUGGGAGAACGAUAGACAGGCAAAGUGGGGGUGCUCGGCUAGAGCGCCGUGGAAGUGGUUUGGUUGAUGAUGACAGGUGGAAUAAACUGCCUGGUGCUGGUCCUUUUGGAGGUCCAGGGCGCGAUCUGCGUCUUGAUGUGGGCCUUGGGUCUAACCUAGGUUUGCGAUCUGGCCAAGGAGGUAAUUACGGUGUUUUGAGGAAUCCUCGUGCACAGACUCCUGUCCAAUAUGCAGGAGGGAUACUUUCUGGCCCAAUGCAGUCCCCUGGAUUUCAGGGAAUGCAGAGAAAUAACUCUGAUGCUGACAGGUGGCAGCGUGGUACUGGCUUCCAUCAGAAGGGUCUGAUGCCUUCACCUCAGACUCCAUUACAGGUGAUGCACAGGGCUGAGAAUAAGUAUGAAGUGGGUAAAGUUCAGGAUGGGGAAGAGGGUAAGAAGCAGAGACAGUUGAAAGCUAUCCUAAACAAGUUGACUCCUCAGAAUUUUCAGAAAUUGUUUGAGCAAGUGAAAGCAGUUAACAUUGACAACGCAACCACUCUUAGAGGUCUUAUCUCUCAGAUUUUUGAUAAGGCUUUGAUGGAACCCACAUUUUGUGAGAUGUAUGCUGACUUGUGUAGCCAUCUUGCUCAAGAGUUGCCUGAUUUCACUGAAGAUGAGAAUAGGAUUACUUUUAAGAGGGUGCUUUUGAACAAGUGCCAGGAAGAAUUUGAGAGAGGGGAAAGAGAGGAAGAGGAAGCCAAUAAAGCUGAAGAGGAGGGUGAGAUCAAACAGUCUGAAGGGGAAAGAGAGGAGAAGAGAAUUAAGGCCCGAAGAAGAAUGUUGGGAAACAUCAGAUUAAUUGGGGAGUUGUACAAGAAGAAAAUGUUAACUGAGAAAAUAAUGCAUGAAUGCAUAAAGAAACUGUUGGGGGUUCAACAGGAGACUCCUGAUGAGGAGGACCUUGAGGCAUUAUGCAAAUUAAUGAGUACUAUUGGGGCGAUGAUUGACCAUGCAAAAGCAAAGGACCACAUGGAUGCAUAUUUUGACAGGAUGGGGAUUUUGUCAAACAACAUGAAUCUCUCCUCAAGGGUUAGGUUCAUGUUAAAAGAUUUGAUUGAUUUAAGGAAAAAUAAAUGGCAGCAAAGGAGGAAGGUCGAAGGGCCAAAGAAGAUUGAUGAAGUUCAUAGAGAUGCUGCUCAAGAACGACAUGCCCAGGUUGGCAGAAAUUCUCGUGGGUCAGGGAUCAAUUCUUCAAGAAGUAGACAGCCAGUGGACUUCUCUUCAAGGGGCUCUAGUAUGUUGUCCUCUCCAAAUGCCCAGGUCAGUGGUUUCCGUGCGUUGCAGUCACAGGUCCGUGGGCCGGGCAGUCAGGAUGUUCGGUUUGAAGAAAGACAGCCCCAUGAGCCCAGGCCAUUGGCAGUUCCUUUGUCUCAAAGGUUAGGUGAUGAUUCUCAUUCAAUCACCCUAGGACCUCAGGGUGGGCUUGGCAGGGGCAUGUCUUACAGAGGGUCGUCAUCAAUGUCAAGCACUUCAGUAGCUGAUAUUUCCUCCAGCUUGAUGGACUCUCGAAGAAUAGCAGAUGGUUCGAAUGGAUUUAGCUCUGUAGAGAAGACAAGCCAUGGCUCAAGAGAAACUGGGACAAGUUCUAUGGCAGACAGGCUUUCAGGCUCUGGUGCUUAUGACCAAACCGGUGUGCAUCGUAAUAGGCCUGGCAGCCGAGAAGGUUUUGAUAGAUCUGGUGGAAAUUCUCCUUCACUACGAGUACAGGGAACGAGUUUCUCUCAGGAUAUUUCUUCGGAGAAAGUAUGGCCUGAUGAGAAGCUGAGAGAUAUGUCCAUUGCAGCAAUUAAAGAAUUCUAUAGUGCCAAAGAUGAGAAGGAAAUUAGUUUAUGCAUCAAGGACUUGAAUUCUCCAAGCUUCUAUCCUACCAUGAUCUCUCUGUGGGUUACAGACUCCUUUGAAAGGAAGGACUCGGAAAGGGAUCUUCUGGCCAAGCUUCUAAUCAGCCUUAUUACUACUGAGCCUCAAGAGUGCAUAUUAAGUGAAGACGACCUUAAGAAAGGGUUCGAGUCUGUGCUCACUACUUUGGAGGAUUCAGUCAACGAUGCCCCGAAAGCAGCUGAAUAUGUAGGCCGUAUUUUUGGCAAAGUUAUUGCUGAAACCAUGAUUUCAUUGAAGGAGAUUGGGCAGUUGAUACAGAAAGGCGGAGAGGAACCUGGACAGCUUCUUAAAGUCGGGCUCGCGGCGGACGUCCUUGGAAGCACUCUGGAGGUGAUCAAAUCCGAGAAAGGUGAGACUGAUUUCAAUGAGAUUCGGUCACGAUCCAACUUGCGGUUGGAGGAUUUUCGGCUGCCGGGUACUAGAAGCUCGAGGAUUUUAGACAAGUUCAUUUAGAUGAUUAAGAUGGUGCUCGUUGUAUCUCUCAUAAUUGCUAUUUAAUAUAGAAAGUUUUUUUCUAAGAGUUGCGCGAUAAUCUGUUUUGGUUGGCCUUGUCCGCGCCAUUGAAUAGUUUUAUUCUUUGAAAAAUCAAAUGCAAUUUCCAGAGGUUCAAUGGAGCAUUAAACCUUGAGCUAAGUAUUUGUUUUCAUACAAGGGAGAAUACAAUAUGGUCAAUAUAUAGUUAAUUAGCAAUC